AACUAGUCUCGCUGCAAGGCCGCAGUGGCAACCCACGUCGUCGUCGCAGCGCUGACUGAUGGAGUCAAAUGAUUGCUGCGAAAUCAAUAUGCUCCGUGUCUGGUUAUCGUAGUCGAUGAAGUAGUUUCGUCAAAUUAUCUGUUACUCUGUUCGAGUUUCUAAUAGCAAGAGCACACUUUUGGCGGACAUUAAUCGAUUAACCACGGAAAUAUGGAUCGCAAUGUUGGAACUUGUUGUGUCAUCAGGCUGUUUUCAGCUGGCAGUCAAAUCACAGACCUUACGAAGGGCCAGCUGUGCAAAUGCCAACUACCGAAUUUUCAUAUAGAAGCUGGUGCUCUACUGUCACUUCCUGGGAACGAAGAGACCAAAUGUCACCAGGUCCCUGUAGUUCAUCUGGACAGUGUAGAUGAAUGGAGUGAAAACAGAGAGAGGUUUUAUGUGUUUGGUUUGAGUGCAUGGUUGCGAGUGAAGCCUUUUGUCUCUCUGUUUACGUCUGAUUUUAGUGUGAAGCUGGGAACGUGUUCUCCAUAUGUAGUCAGGUCACCUCUCAUCAGGAAGACUUUGAUCUGGCACACAGUGCAAGGUUUUCCUCAUGAGAAGGAAGGGGCAUAUUUCAAAGACUCAAACAAAGUUUGGUUAAAACUUCCCAUCAAAUCUGCUGCAACCUUCCAAACAUUUGUUUUGGAGAUUUUGGGAUUACAUAUGUUCAAGACAAUGUGUUACCCAUGUUCUGGUCCUGUGGAUUUUGUCUUUUGCCAUAGGAAGGGUAAACAACCCUCCCAAAUUCUGAUAUAUGGUGUAGAGUCUGAAAUGACAGUUGCUAGUUUUUUUGCUGGACUCUCAGCUUACGAAGACUCAGAGUGUCAGCAGUACGUAACUGUUUGUACUGAAUCUUCAUAUAGUUCAGGGGUGGAGAACGGAGCUGCUUAUCUUUUGCACAAAAACCAUGACGGCAGCAAAUGUCCCCAGGCUUUAUCAGUAAUGCAGGUGAAUGCUGCUGAAUGUGAAGUGGAGGAAAUGUCAUUUCACCAGAUCAAGUCAGAAAUCAAAGUGGAACCAGAGUGGCAGCCACAUCUGAAGCAGCGUGCGGAAGAUACAGUAAAGGAACGGGUGGGAAGGAAAUCACAGCCAACAGUAAAGUGCCCUGGAUGUUUAGCAGUGUACUCUGGCAACUUGGCGCUCUGGGCCAUCAUAUUAUUAAUAGUCACAGAAAGCGCGCAAUGCUCUAUAGAAGCAGGCUGCGAGCUCAGUUUAGUGCCUAUUUUACACAAGCUGAAAAAUCAGACUAAAGAUUCAUUGUCAAUUUUUCUGUGUAAGGGUGAAAACAUUUGUCCUGAUUUUUGUUUGUUUAGAACAAGUCUGAACAACUACUGUUUAGUACAUUGAAGUGCCACAACAUGGACUUCUUUGUGUACCUAUGUGAGUGUGUUAGACUGAGUGUGUUAGACCAAUUAUAAUUGACAAAACCUUGUGUAUUAAGGAAUUGAAGUCAGGUAUGCUGAGCAUUCAUACUAUGAGUAAGGAGACAAUUUUAAUUAAGUGUUUAUCAGUGUCACGUUUAUUAGGUCUUCUGUAAUAUUGUAUCUCUGACGGGUAUGUACUGCUCCCGAGGAAAAAGUUGUAGUGUUAACUGUGAUUUGUAUUGGAAUGAAAUGUGUUGCUGAAGAAAUUUACUACAACUUUCUUGUGCAGGUACAUUACAUUCAAAUGAAUACAAGACUUUUGUACUAAAUCGAAGCCUGUCAUCAGAUGACAAAUUAUCUUUAACAGUGUGGUAUUAGUUCUUGUCGUAGCAAAUAUAUUUUUUUUUGAGCAAUGGCAGCUAAUACGGCUUUUUGUUUUGCAAAAAAAAAUAACAACUCUUUUAAGAAGUUUUCACUUGGCAACACAUUAUUAUGGAGCAUUUGCAAUAUCUAUCUUACUUUGUAGUCUUUGUUUUUGUUUCUUAUGUUGUGUUUACAUUUUAUUUGAUGUACAAUUUCUGAACUUUUCUGAAAGGUGUGCUGUUUUUUCAAUGUACAUAUAAUGUAUGUAUAUAUACUGUAAUGUACAUAUGCAAACAUUACUGGUUGAAUACAAUGUGAUUUUGGCUUAGUCAGUUAACAUAUUUUGUGACUGAUCAUUUCAUUGGUCACUUAUUGUGCAUUUCCAUGUUUAGGGAAUACUGAAAUUUGUCCUUGUUCUCAGCCGUGCUAGAUGUGAAAAAUAUAUGUCUGUACAUGUACGAUGUAUUUUGUUAUUUGCCAAGUCAAUACCCAGGGCUUAAAAUAUUUAUGAUUUCAAAUUGUAAUUGUACAACUUCUUCCAGGAGAAAUGUUCCUGUACCUGGUACGACAAUUUUUUAGUGCUUGAGGCCAUGUUUAUAUCUUGUGUCUGCUAGGUUGGCAGGAACCCGCUUCACAAACUUGGCUUUAUCGUAUUGUAUAGUACUGUACAGUACUUUUUAGUAUUGUUUGAACUAACCCAAUAAUGCUAGUAAGAUUAAUUUUAAAACAACACGAGCCCUGUGUAGGUUCCAAAGUUAUCCAGUAAGUGGUUUCAAUGUUUCAGUGAUGACUGAAACACACCAUUCUUUCCCAAAUAACUUUUGUGUUCCAGUUAUUCUCAGACUACCUUGUGUCCAUCUAAUGUUUGGGUGCUCCAUGUAAAUCAAUUUUGCACCCACAUCAUAUAUUAGUAGGAAUCUUAUUGUAAUUUCUGAUAUUAAUGAAUUCUCUGUUGUUAACUACAAAACCUCGCCCAGGCUCCAAGCUUAAGAUUUAUGAGUAAUUGAAAUUACCUAGCCAGGGUUUAACCUUUAUAUUUAUUUAAUUGCUUUAAUAAGUUCGGUCUUUAGCCUGCCCUUCUGCUUUGGAGAGGGAACCUAGCUGGCUCAUUCAAACGACCUGAUGUCUGUUUUGUCUGAUCCACUACAAGAAGAUGUGCUAGAGACUUGAAAUUUUCAAGGUAUUUUAAGGUUCACUUCUAGAGAACGAAUUGACUACGGCACUUCCUGGCAACAAUCCCUAAGGUGCUGGAGGGGGGUAUCAAAGAAAAGGGGGUAGGUCCAAAAGGGAUUGUUUUCAGCCCGCCCUUCUGCUUUUAAAAAGCUAUCCAGCGGGCCUAUGCAAACGGCCUCGUUGUCUGUGUGCCUGUUGCCACGAUGCUUCACCGUUACAUUCCUUUAUCAUGUCUAAUUGUAAGGGGCAAAUUUCUACUCUUCCUAUACUGUAGUGUGUUUUAUCUGUAACUUGUUUGUCAAUUAUUGUUAUGCGAGUUAGUUAUUUGUUCUUGCUACUCCCUCAAUUUGAAGCAAUAAAACAGGUUGACUUUACUUUUAUUUUUAUAGAAAACUUAACAAUACACCCCAAGAGAUUCGGCUCCAUACUAUCUGUGGGGUUUACACAUACAGAGGUAUUCCGUGAGCUAACUUUCAUUCCAGAUUAGACUUGCUAUAUCGUGUUUCGGGUCCACGACACAACAUUAUGCGGGUUUGCCUACUCGUUCCACCUAUAAGGCACCAUGGCCCCCAGGGCUAUGCAAACCCGCAACACUGCUGUGUCGUAGACCUGACACUCGGUACAUUACUCGUUCACGAAUCUUUACAACUCGGGUAAUCGCGUACAGAAUAAGGACUACCUCGUCACAUUAUCACGCAUGAAAAUGCCGAAUUUAAAAGGGAACGUGCUGUUUAGGGCCCAGAUAAGGAUGCGUGCUGCGGUAGCACGUCUGCGGUAGCACGUCCCACCGUCCGGCCCGCAAGUCGGAAAUC